UUUUUAUAUACUCUUUGGGGUGAAGACAUAUACUCUUUGGGUGAAGAUGUGAGCUUGAUGUAAGCCCGCGAAUGUAGAAAUUUGUAUAUAUUUAUUAAAUUUAUAUAUUAUUAUAUUUUAAGUACUAAAUUAUAAAAAAUAGUAAUCAUGGAAGAUAUUCAAGAUUUCAGUGCUUUAAAAAUAAACUCCAUUAAACCGAUGAAUACCGACACUGUCCAUAGAAUAUGCUCUGGACAGGUGGUGCUUAAUUUAGCAGUAGCAGUCAAAGAAUUAGUGGAAAAUUCCCUUGAUGCUGGAGCCACGAACAUUGAUAUAAGAUUGAAAAAUUAUGGAAUUGACUUGAUUGAAGUAUCUGACAAUGGAUCUGGUGUAAUGGAAGAUAACUUUGAAGCUUUAACAUUAAAAUAUCACACCUCAAAGUUAAAUGAUUACUCUGAUUUACUCGAAGUUUCGAGUUUUGGAUUCCGGGGAGAAGCAUUAAGUUCUUUAUGUUCACUAGCAGAUCUGACAAUCACUACAAGACAUGAAAGUUGUAAAUUUGCUACUAAAAUAGAAUAUGAUCACAAAGGAAAUAUAAAAAAUAAAACACCAUGUUCUCGUCAGAUUGGGACAACUGUAACUUUGACUAAUUUAUUUUGUUCACUACCAGUGAGGAAAAAGGAAUUCCACAAGAAUGCUAAAAGAGAAUUUAACAAAAUGACAAAUUUGCUGUAUGCAUACUGUUUAGUAUCAGUGGGUGUUAAAAUAACAUGCACUAAUCAAGUUAGUGCUUCAAAUAAAUCACUCGUUGUAGCCACACAGGGUUCACACUCCUAUAAGGAUAAUAUCGCUUGUGUUUUUGGCAUUAAACAAUUACAAAGUAUAUUUGAAAUUAAAACUGAAAAAGUGUCAAAUAUAAAAGAAAAUAUAUUUAAAGGACUAUCAGGAGAAGUAAAAGAUAACGAAGAAAACAUUAAUAUAGAGGAUGUAGAAAUAGAUUUAUCUGAAGAUUCAAAUGAUGCACAAAAUGAUGAAUCCAAAACUUCUCAAGAAAUAAUUACUAGUACUCAAAAGUCUCAAGGUUAUAGGAAUAUGCCCGAUCCAGUAGAACUUUUAGGAUACAUAUCAUCUUGUGAACACGGUAUUGGACGUUCAAGUGCAGAUAGACAAUUUUUUUACGUUAACUCUAGACCUUGCGAACCUACAAAAGUUAUCAAACUAGUAAAUGAAAUAUACAGACAGUAUAAUCCUAAUCAAUACCCCUUUGUAUUUCUUAAUAUUAAUGUGAAUAGAAUAUCUGUAGAUGUUAAUGUUACACCUGAUAAAAGACAAGUAUUUUUAACUAAGGAAAAAUAUAUUCUUGAUUGUCUUAGAGCUUCAUUAUUAAAACUUUUUGAACAUGUCCCUAGAACAUUAAAAAUAGAUUCAACUACUCUUGCUAGUCAAAAACUUGAACCUGAACUUAGACAACCAAGAAUUUUUAACUCUUUUAUAAAACAAUUUAGUAAUCAACCAAAAGAAUCUUCAGACAUUCAAUAUAAUUCUCCUACUAAAUCAGAACUGAAGAGAAAGUCCAUUACAACUUUAGAUGAUUUUUUAUCUGUAAAAAAGAGUUCUUAUGAAAAGACUCUUUAUGAGGAAACAUCAAUAGAAUCUGAAGAAAUUAAUGAAACUGAAUUAGAAACAUCAAAAAAUGAUGACUCAUCAGAACUCAGAAAUGAUGCAGUCAAUCAAAAUGCAACAAAAAUAGAUGAAAAAAAUAUCACAAAUGAAAUUAAUAUUACAAACAAAGAAGUCCACUGUAAUUCAUCUGAUAUUUCAAUAAAAAGUACCUCAGACAUUGUUCAUGAAGUGUCUCAUACCAUAUAUUGCAAAACUUCAGAAAUAAAAACACCAAAAGCAAAAAUACAUAAAGUGGUAACAGAUAAAGAAGAUUUAGGAAAACAUGUACGAAAAACUAUUAAUUUAAAAACAUCCAUGGAACAAAUAAAAAAGUUAGCAGACUUGUGUAAUAAAAAUGAUGCUAAAACUAACCCUGAUAGAAUAAAAUUUAAAUCUAUGAUAAAUCCAGUAUUUAAUAAGAAAUGUGAAGAAGAAUUAAGUAGAGAAAUAUCUAAAGAGUCUUUUAAAAAAAUGUCCAUUGUGGGUCAAUUUAAUUUAGGUUUCAUAAUUACCAAAUUAGAAGAUGACCUUUUCAUUAUAGACCAACAUGCUACUGAUGAAAUUUAUAAUUUUGAAACAUUGCAAAAAACAACUGAGUUAACUAGCCAAAAACUUGUUAUUCCUCAACAACUGGAGUUAACUGGAGUCAAUGAACAAAUACUAAUAGAUAAUCUAGAAGUUUUUAAAAAGAAUGGUUUUACAUUUAAAAUCGAUGAGGGUGCUCCACCUACUAAGAGAGUAAAACUGAUAACCAUACCAAUGUCCAAGAAUUGGAUAUUUGGCAAAGAUGAUAUUGAAGAACUUUUGUUUAUGUUAAAAGAAAGUCAGUCUGAAUAUUGUAGACCGAGUCGAGUGCGAGCAAUGUUUGCAUCAAGAGCUUGUAGAAAAUCUGUCAUGAUAGGAACUGCAUUAGGGAAAGCUGACAUGCGUCAACUGGUUGAUCACAUGGCUGAAAUUGAUAAGCCCUGGAACUGUCCACACGGAAGACCUACAAUUCGACAUCUUGUAAAUCUUGCAAUGGUUCAAACUAAUGAAGAUGGAAUUUUAUAGUAACAUCAUUUAUAAAUCAUGAAUGCGCCAUAUUGUGUAUUAAAAUUAAAACUAUUCUUUUUUUA